UUGCAUACUGUUCACGAUGAUGAGCUAUUUCUGUCACAAAAGUGUCAAUAGGGCCGAUUCCUAGCGUUUCUCAAGUCAAAUUUUGGCAGCGCAAAGUAACUGAACAUACCGGGAGGUGAUCAUAGUAUGAAACGCCUCUCCAUGACGAGCCGCUAAAUAUCGCUACCCCGGAUCAACUGUCGAUUACUAGGACAAGGACUAGAGGCGUGCACGUCCCGUUAUAUUUAGCAAACGUCCUGAUAUGUUCUAUUGCAAUAUUCGAUGAGGUUUCAUCUAUUUUCAGCGCAGCCUCCAGAUCGAAAAGCACGGAAUGGAACGACUAUCAGUUCUAUUGAAACGGCAUUGUCUGAUAUAGCAUUGCUCAUAAAAGAAGCUUGUGCCUAUUACAGUAUGACUGCUAUGCUAUAGCAAAUCCGGAGUCAACAACCUUCUACUUUCAAGUCUUCAGGUACUCAACCCGCCUUCGACUCUCACGGUUUGCCUCAGUGAUGAUGAAGUACACUCUCAGUAGAGAGAACGUUCUAUCUGAACUCGGGAAAGACGAAAACCUACGCCGAGUGAAACAAUCUGUUUUCCAUGGAGCAAGCGAACUACCUCCAGCAGCAGGAAGAUACCUCUUGCAGAAAGUGCCAGUUGUUCAGUGGCUUCCCAAAUAUUCGCCCCGCUGGCUCAUCAAUGACCUUAUUGCGGGGUUGACAGUGGGCGUGAUCUUGGUCCCCCAGGCUCUAGCAUAUGCAAAAAUUGCAGGAAUACCUCUCCAAGAUGGUCUACUCGCUUCCUGGCUGCCUUCAGCUUUGUACUUCAUCAUGGGCACAUCCAAAGAUAUCAAUACUGGACCAACUUCGAUCAUUGGUCUCCUCACAGCACAAAUAAUCAAACAAGUCUCAGUAGAUGGGUACACGCCAACAGCAAUUGCGGUGGCAAUAGCCUUCUCCGUGGGAAUCUAUUGUUUGGUGAUGGGGCUUUUGAAACUCGGCUUCUUUCUCGAAUUCGUUUCUCUUCCUGUUCUCACGGGAUUCAUUUCGGCGGCAGCUAUCACUAUCAUCCUCGGUCAGGUGCCCGCAAUAUUCGGAGAAACUGUUGGCACUGGAGUUGCCAAUCAAAUCCACGACAUCUUCGCGAAACUUCCGACAACAAAGCCGAUCACAUUUGCCGUCGGCAUUUCCGGCAUAUUACUACUAUGCAUUAUGCAGUACGCUGGGCAGAGGUGGGGCAAGCAAUCGAAGGUAGUCUGGAUUAUGUCGAUUAGUAGAAAUGCUAUCACGAUAUUGCUGUUCACGAUCAUCAGCUUCUUUGUCAACAAAGAUAUCAAGACUCCAAUCUUUGAUCUCACUGGGAAGAUUCCUUCCGGCUUGAUACCUCCGAAAAGUCCCGACCUAGCUCUUGUUGGCAAAGUCUUCCAGUCCAGUCUUGCGGUGUUCAUCGCUGCUGCUCUCGAACACAUCGCGAUUGCCAAGUCAUUUGGUCGGAAGAAUCACUAUACCAUCGACCAAAGUCAAGAACUUACCUUUCUUGGUGUGAUCAACGUCCUGAACAGCUUCUUCGGCGGAAUGGCGGUCGGUGGAGCAGCAUCACGCACGGCGGUGAACUCCGAGUCUGGUGUUAAAUCCCCAUUGAGCGGACUUUUCACAAGUGGAGCUGUUUUGCUUUCUGUCUACUUCCUGACAGGUGCGUUGUUCUGGAUCCCAAAGGCGACUCUGUCCGCCGUCAUCAUCGUCGCUGUGUGGCAAAUUGUCGUCCCUGUGUCGGUCUUCAUAUCGUAUUGGAAAGUUAGCUUUGCGGACUUUGUAGCUUCUCAAAUCGCUUUCUGGGUCACUCUUUUCGUCUCUGCUGAGGAAGGUAUUGAGACUGCAACCGCUUUCAUGGUUGCUUAUACUCUCCUCUCCACUAUAUUCUCAAAAGCACAGACAGUACAAAAAGAUACUUUCGCCCAGCAUUACCCUUCUUCCUCGAACGGGGACAGGGUUGAUGAGCUUCCUGCAGGCACUGCCCUCGUGAAGAUUUCGCACCCCAUCAUAUUCCUCAACGCAUCUCGUGCGAAGAGCAAUAUCCUGGAUGCCGUCCAAACAUAUCAUUCUGGUGCGCCUUCAGGAUUUGAUUCGCAGUCCAAAAAUCCUGACAGAUUAUGGAACGAGCUAGGAGCUCAACAUACUGCACUUCUGAGACGGAAGGCAGAAAUUCCAGUCAAUGAAGCAGAAUAUCUGCCUCGAGUCACUGUUCUCGUUCUUGAUCUACAAGGUGUCAUGUACCUCGAUAUGUCCGGCAUUCAGGCUCUGAAAGACAUGCAGACUGAGCUGAAAGCCUAUGCUGGAGGCGAUAUCGAGAUACGCUUUGCCGGACUGAGAGAGAAUCUGGUUGGGAAGCUUCAAAGAGGAGGCUGGCAGCUCGUUGAAGAGCAUGAAGCUAGUGACAGCUGGUCCAGAGAACGAAGUGUUGUACUGUAUGGGACUGUGAGAGAUGCUAUCCUGGCACGUGAGCGAGUGCCCUGCGGAGAAAAGGAGGAAAUGAGGUUGGAGCAUGAGAAUAUGGUGUAGGCUGCUCCGUGACUUGCUCAUUCAUUCUCUCACUGACAGAGACUGGGAUUGAGUCAGUGUCUUUUCUUCUGUCGUUCGUGCUGCUUGCCUGCUAUUGAGUUUCAUUU